AUGCAGAACAGCAGUGGGGACAGUGCAUCAUCUUUUUAUAUUCCACACUUGAUGGUGACUUGUGUGAUUGCCUUGGAGUUGGCCUCCAGUGACGUCUUCCACAGAGGUGGUACUAAUGCGUCAGCAGCAGAUCAGCUCAGUUUGGCUCUGGCCUGGAAUCGAGUAGACAUCGCUCGAAACCACAUCUUUGUUUAUGGACACAACUUACCACCAGCUAAUGCAAUUGCCAACACAGCCUCCUCUGCACCUGCGGUGCCAGAAAAACCAAAAAGUCCCGUCAGCGCUCCUCGUAACAAAGCUCGAGCAAAGAAGGGAAAGGGGAAGGCAAAACCUGAGCCUCCAGAAGAAACAGAUCCCAGGAAGUUGGAGUUAAUUCAAUGGGUGAACUCUCUGGAGCAGGCUAUGAUGGACGCUCUGGUGAUGGACAGAGUGGACUUUGUCAAACUCCUCCUUGAGAAUGGAGUCAAUAUUCACCACUUCCUCACCAUUCCCAGGCUAGAGGAGUUAUACAACACGAAACUUGGUCCUGCAAAUACGCUGCAUGCUGUGGUUAGGGACGUUAAAAAGGGAAACCUUCCUCCAGAUUAUCAGAUCACCUUGAUUGACAUUGGUCUGGUGCUGGAGUACCUCAUGGGUGGAGCUUACAGGAGUAAUUACACCAGGAAGGCUUUCCGCAACCUCUACAAUAAUUUGUACGGGCUAAAAAGGCCAAAAGCACUGAAGCUUCUGGGAAUGGAGGAUGAUGAACCACGCUCAAAAGGCAAGAAAAAGCCAAAAAAGAAAAAAGAGGAAGAGAUUGAAAUCGAUGUGGAUGACCCAGAGGUGUGUCGAUUCAAGUAUCCUUUCCAUGAGCUGAUGCUGUGGGCAGUGCUGAUGAAACGCCAGAAGAUGGCGCUCUUCCUGUGGCAGCGUGGAGAGGAAGCAAUGGCGAAGGCCCUGGUUGCCUGUAAACUGUAUAAGGGCAUGGCCCACGAGUGCUCUGAGAGCGAACUGGUAGACGACAUCUCUCAAGAUCUGGAGAACAACUCCAAGGAAUUUGGCCAGCUGGCCUACGAGCUUCUGGACCAGUCUUACAAACACGAUGAGCAGGUGGCCAUGAAGCUCUUAACGUAUGAGCUGGUUAACUGGAGUAACUCCACCUGUCUGAAGCUGGCCGUUGCAGCUAAACAGCGUGAUUUCAUUGCUCACACCUGCAGCCAGAUGUUGCUCACCGACAUGUGGAUGGGCUGCUUAAGGAUUGGGAAGAGCCCCGGCCUCAAGGUUAUACUUGGAAUUAUCUUUCCUCCUAUGAUUCUUCUCCUGGACUUUCGUCUCGGUGACGACGCCUCCUAUCAUGCAGCUGGAGGUAAACAAGAAGGGAAAAACAAGGAUGAUGACACAAAAUCCAACAAGGACCCCAAUACAGAUGCAGUGUCUCGGAAGGGAGACGAGGAGGAGGGUAGUAAUAAAGUCCACAAAGUUCCCAUUGCCAAAAGGUUCUUUGAGUUUUAUGAUGCACCUUUCACCAAAUUCUGGUUUAACACUAUUUCCUAUUUGGGCUAUCUGAUGCUAUACAACUACAUCAUCCUGGUGAAAAUGGAGCGAUGGCCAUCCAUACAGGAGUGGACCGUCAUCGCGUACAUCCUCACACUCGGCACUGAAAAAGUCAGACAGAUUUUGAUGUCAGAACCAGGGAAGCUGAAACAAAAGAUAAGCGUGUGGCUACAGGAGUACUGGAACAUCACCGAUCUGGUGGCGAUUUCCACCUUCCUUCUUGGGCUGAUGCUGCGGCUGCAGCCUGAGCCUUACAUGGGCUACGGCAGAGUUAUCUACUGUAUAGACAUCAUCUUCUGGUACAUACGUGUACUGGACAUCUUUGGAGUCAACAAAUACCUGGGACCUUAUGUCAUGAUGAUAGGGAAGAUGAUGAUUGACAUGAUGUACUUUGUCGUGAUCAUGCUGGUGGUACUGAUGAGCUUUGGGGUGGCACGUCAAGCUAUCCUUCAUCCAGAUGAGGAGCCAACCUGGCGUCUGGCCCGAAACAUUUUCUACAUGCCCUACUGGAUGAUCUAUGGGGAGGUUUUUGCAGACUCGAUAGACCGUAAGACUAGAAUUCAUAGUAAGAUUCUGUUUCCUGAUUCUGGGCAGAUGAUCAGUGCAAUGUUAAUUUGUGUGCAUUGAUUCAUGGGAGUGUUACUAAU